AUGACAGAUUUGCACAUCAGAUCCAAACUCUCUGUUUCAUCAUCAGAUAUGGCUCAUUGGCUGCUUCAGAUCCUAAUCAUCUCAUCUCUUCAUCUCAUCUCUCCAUCAAGUCAACAAGAGACAAGGUUUGUCUAUGAAAACUUUAGCUCCCAAGAAAAUCUUUAUCUAGAUGCUUCUGCAACAGUACUUCCCAGUGGAUUACUAGAGCUGACAAGCGCUUCAGAGCAUCAGAUGGGUCAUGCUUUCUACAACAAACCACUUGAGCUCAGUUCCUAUUUCUCGACGCAUUUCGUGUGUGCUCUCGUGCCUAUGCAAGGUAAUGAAGGUGGCCAUGGUCUUGCCUUCGUAGUAUCUCCAUCAAGAGAUUUCUCACACGCAGAGCCAACAAGAUACUUGGGGGUUUCAACUCAUCAUCACUUGAAUCAUCAUCUCCUUCUUCUCGCGUUCUUGCUGUUGAGCUUGACACUAUUUGGAACCCUGAGUUCAAUGAUGUCAAAAACAAUCACGUGGGGAUUGAUGUGA